AUGUCGGGCGGCAGGAGUAUCGACAAGGAACGCAAGUCGCCCAGAGAAAGUGGCGAAGACUCCGAGGAUGAAAGCGAAAUCCUGGAAGAAAGUCCCUGUGGGCGCUGGCUCAAGAGACGAGAAGAGGUGGAACAGCGCGAUGUCCCAGGAAUAGACUGCGCCCACCUCGCCAUGGACACGGAAGAGGGCGUGGAGGUGGUGUGGAACGAAGUACAGUUUUCCGAGCGAAAGAACUUCAAGGCUCAAGAGGAUAAGAUACAAACGGUCUUCGAUAACCUCACCAGGCUGGAGCAUCCGAAUAUCGUCAAGUUUCACAGAUAUUGGACGGAUACACACAACGACAAGCCAAGGGUCAUAUUCAUAACGGAGUACAUGUCGUGCGGUUCGCUGAAGCAGUUCCUGAAACGAACGAAACGCAACGUGAAAAGGUUGCCGCUGCAGGCUUGGAAACGAUGGUGCACGCAAAUUCUCUCCGCUCUUAGUUAUCUUCACGGCUGCGUGCCGCCGAUCGUGCACGGCAACCUGACGUGCGACACCAUCUUCAUCCAGCACAACGGGCUCGUGAAAAUCGGCUCCGUGGCGCCUGAUGCCAUCCACCACCACGUGAAGACGUGCCGCGAGAACAUGCGCAAUAUGCACCUUGUCGCUCCGGAGUAUGGAACUUCCCAAAUGGUGACGCCCGCUAUGGACAUCUACUCGUUCGGGAUGUGCGCGCUUGAGACGGCCGCCCUCGAGAUCCAGGGCAACGGAGACUCUGGUGGCCACGUGACGGAGGAGCAUAUCGCGCGGACCGUCGAAUCACUGGAGGAGACCCGCCAGAAGGACUUUAUAUACAGGUGCAUCAACAAGGACCCCGCGAAGCGACCUACAGCUCGCGAGCUCCUCUUCCACCCGCUGCUCUUCGAAGUGCACUCGCUCAAACUCCUUGCAGCGCAUACGCUCGUCAAUACCACGGCUAACAUAUCGGAGACAAUAACCGACGAGGUUUGCGGCAGCGGUGGCGCCCUCGCUUGGUGCUCGAGAGGCGGGGAGACGAAGGAGCUCUCUGCGAAGGACCUGCCACCACACGCAGAGAAACUAGAGAAAUUCGUUGAGGACGUCAAAUACGGUAUCUACCCGCUCACAGCUUACGGUUGGUGGUCGGGCGGGAGACGAGCGUCAAGCGGGGGCAGAGCCCGAACGACCGCUGAGAGUGCCCCCGCCCCCGCGGAGCCCCGAGCCCGCGACCGCGAGACCAGACGCGUCGUCAACAUGAUGUGCUCACUCAAACCGCAGCAUCACCAUCAUCAUGCUGAUGCGGAUGUCACCGAUCUUCUUAUGACGAUUCUGCUACGCAUGGAUGACAAAAUGAACCGGCAACUCACGUGCGCAGUGUCCCGUCGUGACUCUGCUCAAGCGCUUGCGCAUGAACUCGUGCAGUUGGGCUUCAUACACGAGGCUGAUCGCGACAAGAUAUGCCGCCUCAUGGAGGAAUCGUUCCGCAGCAGCUUCGGCACUCCACCCCCCGCGCCCUCCAGCUGCGCCCCCCCAGCGGCGUCCGCGCACCGUGCGCCGCAGCACGUCGCCAGCUAG